GCGAGGCCUGCCGGGACGGGUCGGCAGCUGGGUCAGGGUUCGUUCCCAACAUGGCGGUCCCGGCCGGGUGGUGACCGCGGUUUGGCCGUCGGGAGGCCUCCCUGGCGGUUGUCGGCGGGUCCUCCUCUGGGUGGAAUGCGAGAUCGCCGGGGCGAGCGCUGAGGAGGCCGUGACGCGGCGGGGCCGGCGGCGGGGGCCCCAGGAGCCGAGGCGGCGGCGGCCGUGCCUUCCGUUGGUCCCAGGGCUUUAGUGCGGACCCCGCCCGGCCGGGCCAGGCCGGCGGGCGGCGGCUGCGGCCUUUGCGGCCGCGGGGUGGGCGCCGCCCUGCCUCUGCCGCGGCCAUGGCUCAGUGCGUGCAGUCCGUGCAGGAACUCAUCCCGGACUCCUUCGUGCCCUGCGUGGCCGCGCUGUGCAGCGACGAGGCGGAGCGGCUCACGCGCCUCAACCACCUGAGCUUCGCGGAGCUGCUGAGGCCCUUCUGCCGCCUCACCUCCGAGGUUCAUAUGAGAGAUCCCAAUAAUCAGCUUCACAUAAUUAAAAAUUUGAAGAUCGCAGUAAGCAAUAUUGUCACCCAAGCACCUCAGCCUGGAGCCAUUCGGAAGCUUUUGAAUGAUGUCGUUUCUGGCAGUCAGCCUGCAGAAGGAUUAGUAGCUAAUGUGAUUACCGCAGGAGAUUAUGACCUCAACAUCAGUGCUACUACUCCAUGGUUUGAGUCCUAUAGAGAGACCUUUCUUCAGUCGAUGCCAGCAUCAGACCAUGAAUUUCUGAACCACUACUUAGCAUGUAUGUUGGUAGCAUCGUCUUGUGAAGCUGAACCUGUGGAACAAUUUUCAAAGUUGUCACAAGAACAGCAUCGAAUUCAGCACAAUAGUGACUAUUCCUACCCCAAGUGGUUUAUACCAAAUACUCUAAAGUAUUAUGUACUUUUACAUGAUUUAAGUGCAGGAGAUGAACAGAGAGCUGAAUCAAUUUAUGAAGAAAUGAAACAGAAAUAUGGAACUCAGGGUUGCUAUUUACUUAAAAUUAAUUCUCGAGCAUCUAAUCGAGCAUCAGAUGAACAGAUACCAGAUCCUUGGAGUCAGUAUCUCCAGAAAAAUAGUAUUCAAAACCAGGAAUCAUAUGAAGAUGGCCCUUGUACAGUAACUUCAAAUAAGAAUUCUGAUAAUAGCUUGCUUUCUUUGGAUGGAUUAGAUAACGAAGUCAAAGUAGAUGGCUUACCAAAUAACUUUAGAGCUCACCCACUUCAGUUGGACCCAUCCAGUGACCUUUCUAACAGCACCGAUGGCCCAGAUCAUGUAAAAUCUGCUUCAUCAUUAUAUGAGACAAAGAAAGCAAAUACUGGAAUUAUUCAUGGUGCAUGUUUAACCCUUACUGAUCAUGAUAGAAUUCGACAGUUUAUACAAGAGUUCACAUUUCGGGGCCUUUUGCCACAUAUAGAGAAAACAAUUCGGCAAUUAAAUGACCAGCUAAUAUCAAGGAAAGGUUUGAGUCGAUCUCUAUUUUCUGCAACUAAAAAAUGGUUUAGUGGCAGUAAAGUACCAGAAAAGAGCAUUAAUGAGCUGAAAAAUACAUCUGGAUUGCUGUACCCCCCAGAGGCGCCAGAACUUCAGACUCGGAAGAUGGCUGACUUAUGUUUCCUGGUGCAGCAUUAUGAUUUGGCCUACAGUUGCUAUCACACUGCAAAGAAGGAUUUUCUGAACGACCAAGCAAUGCUUUAUGCAGCUGGUGCCUUGGAAAUGGCAGCAGUGUCAGCUUUUCUUCAGCCGGGAGCACCUAGGCCAUACCCUGCACAUUACAUGGAUACAGCAGUCCAGACUUACCGGGAUAUCUGCAAGAAUAUGAUCCUGGCUGAAAGGUGUGUGUUGCUGAGUGCUGAAAUCUUAAAAAGCCAAAGCAAGUACUCGGAGGCUGCAGCGCUCCUGAUUCGGUUGACCAGCGAGGAUUCUGACCUUCGAAGUGCACUUCUUCUGGAACAGGCAGCACAUUGCUUUAUAAACAUGAAGAGCCCCAUGGUUAGAAAAUACGCAUUUCAUAUGAUACUGGCAGGCCAUCGGUUUAGUAAAGCAGGACAGAAAAAGCAUGCUUUACGCUGCUAUUGUCAAGCCAUGCAAGUCUAUAAAGGAAAAGGCUGGUCUCUUGCAGAGGAUCACAUUAACUUCACCAUUGGGCGCCAGUCUUACACUCUUCGGCAGCUGGACAAUGCUGUCUCUGCUUUUAGGCAUAUUUUAAUCAAUGAAAGUAAACAGUCUGCUGCCCAGCAAGGGGCCUUCCUCAGAGAAUAUCUUUAUGUUUACAAGAAUGUAAGUCAGCUGUCACCAGAGGGGCCUUUGCCACAGCUCCCUUUACCGCACAUUGACAGCUCAGCAACGCGGGUGUUCUUUGGCCAUGACAGACGGCCAGCAGAUGGUGAAAAACAAGCAGCUACUCAUGUAAGUCUCGAUCAGGAAUAUGACUCUGAAUCCUCUCAGCAGUGGCGAGAGCUCGAGGAACAAGUUGUUGCUGUGGUUAACAGAGGAGUAAUUCCACCCAAUUUCCACCCCACCCAGUAUUGCUUGAACAGUUACUCAGAUAACUCAAGAUUUCCACUUGCAGUUGUAGAAGAACCAGUGACAGUGGAGGUGGCCUUUAGAAACCCGUUGAAGGUUCCGCUUUUGUUGACUGACUUGUCAUUGCUAUGGAAAUUUCAACCUCAAGAUUUCAGUGGAAAGGAGAAUGAAGAAGUUAAAGAACCAGUAACAGGUGAACCUGAAAUGAUUGGAACUGAAGUUAUUUCAGAGUUCUUAAUUAAUAGUGAAGAAUCUAAAGUGGCAAGACUAAAGCUCUUUCCCCAUCACAUAGGGGAGCUGCAUAUUCUGGGAGUGGUUUAUAAUCUUGGCACUAUUCAGGGCUCCAUGGCAGUAGAUGGCAUUGGUGCUCUUCCUGGAUGUCACACAGGAAAACAUUCCUUGAGUAUGUCAGUCCGAGGGAGACAGGACUUAGAAAUUCAAGGUCCUCGACUUAACAACACAAAAGAAGAGAAAACAUCUAUUAAAUAUGGUCCUGAUCGACGUUUAGAUCCCAUAAUCACUGAGGAAAUGCCACUCUUGGAGGUGUUCUUUAUACAUUUUCCUACAGGGCUCCUCUGUGGAGAAAUCCGAAAAGCAUAUGUGGAAUUUGUCAAUGUCAGCAAAUGCCCUCUUACCGAAUUGAAGGUUGUUUCUAAACGUCCAGAAUUCUUUACUUUUGGUGGUAACACAGCUGUUCUAACACCGCUCAGUCCCUCAGCCUCUGAAAACUGCAGUGCCUAUAAGACUGUGGUGACAGAUUCCACCUCUGUGUGUGCAGCCCUCCUCUCCUCAGCUUCCUCUGUUGACUUUGGCAUUGGCACAGGGAGUCCGCCCGAGGUGGCUCCUGUCCCCCUUCCUGACACCAUUCUUAUGCCUGGAGCUUCAGUUCAGCUACCAAUGUGGUUACGCGGCCCAGACGAAGAAGGGGUCCAUGAAAUUAACUUUUUGUUUUACUAUGAAAGUCUUAAAAAGCAGCCUAAGAUACGAAUAUUAAGACACACUGCAGUUGUUUGUACCAGCCGAUCUUUGAAUGUACGAGCCAGUGUCUGCAGAAGUAAUUCUUUUGAAGAUGAGGAGGGCAGAGGAGGCAGUAUGCUUGUCUUUGUGGAUGUGGAGAAUACCAAUACUAGUGAAGCAGGUGUUAAGGAAUUCCAUAUAGUCCAAGUAUCAAGUAGUAGCAAACACUGGAAGUUACAGAAAUCUGUAAAUCUCUCUGAAAACAAAGAUGCCAAACUUGCCAGUAGGGAGAAAGGAAAGUUUUGCUUCAAGGCAACACGAUGUAAGGAAAAAGAAGUUGCUGCGCAGUCCUCAGAAAAACACACCUUUGCAGAUGUCACCUUGGGAAACGAGCAGAUAGUAAGUUCAGCAAGCCCUUGUGCAGACUUCUUUUAUCGAAGUUUGUCUUCUGAAUGUAAGAAGCCACCAGCCCAGCCGUGUGUGCAUACAGAAAAGCAGUCAGUAGGGGAAGCUGUGAGAUGGAUUCAGAAGUGCAAUGAGGUGGAUUUGAGUAUUGUCAUCCUGUGGAAGGCUUACGUCGUGGAGGACAGUAAGCAGCUUAUUUUGGAAGGCCAGCAUCACGUUACCCUUCGCACCAUAGGAAAAGAAGCCUUUUCAUGUCCUCAGAAACAGGAGCCGCCAGAAAUGGAACUGUUAAAAUUUUUCAAGUCAGAAAACACUACAGUUUCUUCAAGGCCAUCAGUAGAGCAGCUUUCUAAUCUCAUUAAAACGAAUUUUCACUAUCCAGAAUCAUUUAACCAUCCAUUUCAUCAGAAAAGCCUUUGUUUAGUACCAGUGACCCUUUUACUUUCCAACUGCUCCAAGGCCAGUGUUGAUGUGAUCGUGGAUCUUCGGCAUAAAACAACAAGUCCAGAAGCAUUGGAAAUCCAUGGAUCGUUUACGUGGCUUGGACAAACCCAGUAUAAACUUCAGCUUAAAAGCCAGGAGAUUCACAGUUUGCAGCUGAAAGCGUGCUUUGUCCACACAGGUGUUUAUAACCUUGGAACACCAAGGGUGUUUGCCAAGUUAUCGGACCAAUUUUCAGUGUUUGAAACAAGUCAGCAGAACUCCAUGCCUGCCCUGAUCAUCAUCAAUGACGUGUGACAGCUUGUAGACUUGUUGGAGUGCCCAGGAGCCAGCUUGUUCACGGAGUGGGCCUUGCAGCAGUGUUUGAAAGGCCUGCCUUGUUGCAGAUACUGGUGUCAGAUCAAUGCACAGUCCUUGGACUUGUCAGUUUGUUGAGGACAGAGCACGUUGGACUGAGAAUACUUACAUUCUUUUUUUGUAUUUCUUUAAACCCUGGUAAUAAUUUGUGUGCUCAUAAUACAGAAUUUCAACAUAUCCUUGCACCUUAUGAAGCCCCAUCUUAAAAACCAAUGUCUGAGUCUGCUGUUACAACUUAUCGAUGAUAUAUGAAUAUCAGGAGAUGAUUUUGAGGAAGGAAAGGCCUUGUUGGCAAUGCUCCUGUUAAUAAAUUCCAGCUUUACUGUGAAGUUUCUCUAGAGUGUUAAAUACAAAUUUUCCUGUUUUGCUUCAUACAAUUCUCUAAUACCAGGUUUGAACUUUGGUUAUAGAGUCUUCAUACUUCAGUAUCUUGUGGUUCCUAUGGCUUAUACAUAACUUUGUAAAACAACAUUUUUUUCUGAUUCUUUGAAUGUGGUUUCAAAAGGAGUUUGACUUUUUUUCCUCAUUCAUCUCUGCAGAGUGCACUAUUUCACAAUAUGAGAUUUUUGUCAUUUAAAUUAUAUUCUUUAUUAUGGAACUUUAACAAUUGAGUUGAUCUGUUUAAAAUAUAAAUCUCAAGUGAAUUAAGAAUAAGCUUUUCAAAAAUGUAUUAUAUUUAUAACAAUUGUACUGUAAAUAGAAUAAAGACAUGCUAUUCACUGUA